AUGGACGGCACCGUGCUCCCCUCUCUUUCUGAGCUGUGGCUACACACACAGCGAGAUACGAUUGACGCAGAAACUAUAGUCGUCAAAUGGCUCUCCCAGCUGCAAAAGUGUUUCGAGGAGCGCCUCGCAUGGGACUUUGCUACCAAGCAGGGCAAAGACAUGAUUGGGGGCUACUUGAGAAGCUCGCAGGUCAGUUUGGAGAACCUAGAGCCAUGUACUGGCGAUUUAAAACCAGCUGUGGUCGAAUGGGAAGAAAUGGCAUUUGUUCAGUCAGGGUUUGUCUUUGGCACGCAACAUGGCCCGGGGCGAGGGUUGGUGCGCCUUGCCAACGACGCGGACAACCACUGGAAAGCAUGGAUCGUUUUUGAGCAGCUAGAAGGACUGAAACAGAGGGAUCUUAAAGCACAUGGUACUCAGCCUACAACCGUCAACGGACCAAAUAGCACCGCUGCGGAAGACGCUCCAGUUCUCAUCGUUAGCGCAGGUCAGGCGGGUGUCAUACUCGGAACUCGUCUCCGGCAAAUGCGCAUACCGUGUCUUGUCGUAGAGAGGCACCGACCAGUCGGCGACGCAUGGAGGGCUCGCUACGACUCGCUCAUGGGCCUGAAUAUCUUGCUCAACACAAACGUCACGUCUAUCAAGCGUGACGGGUCAAAAUACUCGGUUGAGCUCGACGGGCCGCCUGGGAGGCGGACGAUUUCCUCCAAACACGUGGUUCUCGCUACUAGCGUUAUAAGCGAUAAGCCAAACACCCCUCGUUUCACAGGCCAAGACACCUUCAAGGGGGUGGUGUCUCACUCGAGCCAAAGAAAGUCGGGGAAGCUCGUGCCCGACAUCGCGGCAAAAGACUGUCGUCAUUUUAGGGUGCAGCACCAGCGGCCACGACGUCGCGCAGGAUUUCGUCAACUGCGGUGCAAAGCAGGUUUCCAUGGUCCAGCGGCACCCAUCUUUUCGGUUUCGAGCCACUCUUGGAAAACCAUCCAGCUGGGAUGCUGGAACAUGGACGGGCUGACCAUGGACGAGGCUGGCGUGCUGGGGAACUCGUUCCCGACAGCCAUGAUACGCACCAUGAGCAUUGGCUCGACGGCUGCCAUGGCCAAAGCGGACAAGGACAUGCUAGAUGGACUGCGGAAGGCCGGACUGGCGCUUCGCACUGGACAGGACGGCCACGGGCUUGCGGACCACCAGCUGAUCAAGGGCGGUCGCUUUUACAUUGAUCAAGGAGCCAGUCGGAUGAUCAUCGACGGCCGCAUCAAGGUCCACCACUGCGAGGGCGGCGUGCGCGAGUUUGGUGAGACGUCUGUCACCCUGGCAGACGGGACAAACAUUGAGACAGGUGUCGUUGUUUUAUCUACUGGUUAUGGCAAGAACCUUGACCAUGUGCGGAAGCUCAUGGGUGACGAAGUCGCCAACAAGUUGGAGGGACUUGGAGACUUGGAAAUUCUCUCAAACGUUGGCGUUGCAGAUUGCCGCAGAUCUAAGACGAGCCGUGUCUGA